GGACCACAUGGAUCCUGCAAGCAUGUGGCAGCAGUGCUAAUAAUGAUUAGUGAGUUCAUAGCAACUGGCAAUGUAAAUACAGGAAGGUCGUGUACUGACACUUUAAUGAUGUUUACCAAGCCAAAAUCAUCAUAUAGUGGGUCUCCAGUGAAAGCAGAAAAGUUGCCAACUAAGAGAAAGCUGGCACCAGUUUAUCUUGCUGAUCCUAGACCAAUUAAAUACAGAAACUGCCCAGGUUACAAUGACCACAUCAAAAACACUGUAACAAACUUCUGCAGUGUAUCAUCAAUGGACUUAUCAAUUAGAUACUUGUAUGAAAAAGCUGAUAUUCAGGCAGCAGCCAAAGAUCAUGAUUAUUGUCCCAUGCCUUUUACUGAGCAUUGGGUUGAUAGAGCAAAUAAGGUAUUAAAAACUGGUUCAAUAAAUUUGGAUCACAGUUUGGUAAAAAAUUGAGUUAUCCCCCUUUGUCCUAGAAAUAUACUAAAAAUGUAAAUGCAAGUUACCCAGGAAAAAUGACAUAAGGAUGCAUGAAGUUCAUCAAUCAUUAAUCUGUUGUAUAAAUUUACCUAAUGCUUAACACGACAAAAUAAGAGAGGGUUUUUAAUAUUGUCAUUGAGCUUUCCUAUUAUGUUCUUCAAAAUGCUUUAGAUAUUUUUACUUUGGUAAUGAUUUUAAGUCUUAAUUUAAUAAAGAUAUGGAAUCAUGGAUAAACAAUUAUUUUCAAAAAGGAGUGGACUAAAUUAAAUUAUUCAAAGUUUUUCUUCUUUUAAUUUACAGGAUCAUGAUAUUAGAAUCAAUCAAUCAGAAUGAUAUUAUGUUUUCAUAUAGGUUACACAAUCAGAUAUAGAUUUGAUUGAGAGGUCUUCCCGCCUACAAAGUUGCAGUCCCAAGUGGUUAGAAGAAAGAAGAUGGAGACUCACAGCAUCUACCUUCGGCGAGAUUUGUAAAGUCACUUCAAGACGGAACACUAACAAAUUUUGUCAUUCACUUUUUUAUGGCUCAAAUAUUCAGAGCAAAGCACUUAGUCAUGGCAAAAACUAUGAAGCUAAAGCAUUGAAGGCUUUUAAUUUAAAAUUUAAUAUGAAUGCUAAAAGAUGUGGUUUUUAUGUCAGUAUUGAUAAAUCUUUCCUUGGUGCUUCACCUGAUGCCAUUUCAGAGGAUGGUAAAGCAAUUGUCGAAAUUAAAUG